AUGGCGCAGCAAGCGACCGACAAUGAUUCGGAGUCAUGGAAUCCGGCAUUACGACCCGAGAACAAUAACUCUCCUGUUGCGAUGAGCUCGAUCCAGAGUGGGUUGUCGGAUCCGAUUGCGGCGGAUGAGCCAAAGGACAAGUCCCCAGACGAUGUUAUAUCUCCACAGAGUGAGGAUUUCUCUGCGUGGGACAUAUCCGACGAGGUAGACGGGAUUCAGCCUCAAUACACGAGCUUGGACGUCCUAGUGAACAAUGCAUCACCAGUGGUGAACCAGGCCGUGUGUCUAGACACUGAUUCCGUCAAUAAGACUAGUCAAGUCCCCGAUGAGACGAUUGAAGCGGUUCAUACAACUAUCGCGCCAUCUAUUGAGAAUGCAGAUACCGUCCUAAACCCGACCCUGCCAGAAACCCAGCCCGCUCAACCAGUUCAGACCGAAGCACCUUCAGUCCAAUCUGGUGCGGAUGCUGGUAAUAGUUUCCCCAUCACUAUAGACGGGCCCGCCUCUGUUCAAACCGAAACCUCUGAUACUGCCGUUCCCACUGUCGCACCUGAACAAGAAACCACGUUGGAGUCGACAUUUGUGAGAGAGACUACACCUUCAACAGAGGAGCAAACAACGGCACCCGAACCUACGUUGGACACUUUUAAACAUGAAUAUACAACUCAAUCCAGCCCCACCGAAGAACUGUUGCCACAAACAGACGAACGGGAUGCCGAUUCUGAGGAUCCCUGGACCACCUUUGAGAGGGACCUUAGCAAUACGCUGCCCUCCACCGAAGAGGCUACUCCUCUUGGCGAAAAUUCCCAUACUAUCCCAGAGUUUGCCUCAACAUCUACUCAAGUCCAGGAUAGUGAUGAGCCUAAGUUUGUUGAAGAAGCUGUAUGUCCAUCGUCAGAGGAAACAGCAUUUACGGGUGCAUCAUUUGACGAGGAGAGUACUGGUGUCUUCAACUCCACUGGAAAGACCAUCGCUUCAACCGAAAAUGAGCAACUUGAUCCCGUGUGUCGUUCGAUAAAUGUUGAAUCCGAGAAUAUCGAUUCACAGCCUGCUGUCGCGGAGACCUUUGCACCAACCAACGACGCCCACCUAGAUCCGGCUGCAGCAGACGUGGAUACAACCACUCAGGAUCAACCUUUCUGGACAAGCGAGCCGAGCGGUGAAGUCGACUCCGAUGAGGACAACUUUUUUAACCAACUGAACAGCCAGACAAAACCUAUAUUUGCGCCGCCAGAGGCCGAAUCCAGGUUCGAGGAAGGGGUCCCAUUGUUAGAUGAGUCUACACCGGCUUCGCCUCAACACCCACUGGAACAGGAGAAAUCAAUCGACAACGUGUUUUCCAAUGAUGAAGACGAUGCAGAUGGCUUCUUCAGCUCGGCUCCAAGACCAGAGGUUAAGAACGACGAUGAGGAUUUCUUCGGCUCCAUCUCAAAGGAAGAGGCCGAGGAACAACCCGUUGUUCAUCUCGCCCGAAAGAGCACGUCUCAGGUCUUGGAAUCGGCUGGGUUUGCUCUUGACUCCCCAGUUAGUGACGCUUCGGCUGCAGCGCAAUUUGAUGCUGCCCUCAAGGCUGCGUCGUUGGAGCCCCAAACAACAGCCGAUCCCUCGGAGGAAGAGCUAGCGGCACGGUGGGAAGCCGAGCUAGGUGAUUCACCGGAUGAUGAUCUGGCGGCUCGUUGGGAGGCGGCAUUGGACGAUGACGAUAUACUGCUGGAGACUGAAGCCGAUCAGUCUGUCUCUGCACAAGAGCACAUUCAUCAAACGCCUGUUCAGCCUACCGACAGUGAUCUAUCGGCUGGCUUGAACAGUCCCUUCCAGACCCCCCAGGCCUUUUCUCAACCAAGACCUGUUUCUAACAUAUAUACACCCCACCAACCGUCAACUGGUGAUCUAUUGCAGGGUGCUCCUCUCCCAGGAACUGCGCCGCCAGCCUCCGGAGCGAUGUCUUCAUACUUCUCGCAACCACCGCAGAAUCCUGUGGCAACCAGGGGAGAAAGUUUUGCUGAGCGGUCAAAACAAGGUUACAAAUCUCCUUACGACCUUCCAGAUGAUAUCUCCCGACCCCGAAAGCCGGUCGUUACCCACAAGCCUGUUCCUCCAACAGUGACUAGUAUGCCCCCACCACCUCCUCCAGGUGCUUCUGGCGUACCGAUUCCUGCUGCAGCUGUCUUCCCCCCUCCGGCAGCUCCCCCCUCGGCCGUGGCCGCUCCCCCUGCGCCGAAGAAUUUCUACGAGGAACUUCCUCUGGCGCCACCAAGGUCCAGGCCUGCCAGCUCAGGUCGGUACACCCCUAAUCCGCAGGCGGCGCCGACGAUGACCGGGUCGUCUCUUCCUCCUCCCCAGGUUCAAUAUGCUCCUGUUGCACCACCAGCCGCACAGCCUGUCGCACUCCCAAUCCAGUCCACACUUCAGCCACCUGAACAGCUGGAUCCGUAUGCUAGCUUAGCAUCGAGUGCCCCAGCUGGACCUCCUGCCGUUGCAAGGUAUUCUCCCCAACCUCCUGGCUUGCAAGCACCCUCGAAGCCACCUUCGAUACCGAGAUAUUCCCCCGCUCCCCCUCCUACCUCUUCCGUUCGUACUCGUUAUGCCUCACUGCCACUUAAUGUUCCUGGCCAAAAUUUGCCUUUCCAGCCACGGACGUCAAGUCCGCUGGCACACCACGAAAAGGUUUCUUACCAGCCUGAUCAAUCACACAAGGCCCCAUCUCUCGAGCCUGCGAUCAAUCUUUCCCCACCGCGCGGACAAGGAACUGGCUUCGGACAAAUCCCACCUAGCGCUCCGCAAUAUCUCAAUGGUCCUGCCAGCCUACCGCGGAGAGAAAGUGCGGGCUCACCUGUACAGCAAUCUCCGCCUCAAAGUCGCUAUGCCCCCCAGGAAUAUCUCAAUGAAUUCGCCCAGCGUCUCGCGCCGGCUCCGGAAUCCGCUCCUCCUGCUCCCGGGACCAAUGUAUACACGUCUCCACCACCUAGCGAUAAUCAGAUCGGUCCACUUCGCAGGUCUCAGACCCAGUCACCUGCCCGGGACUUGACGAGCCCGCGUUCCUACGGACAGAAUAUCGAUACCCUCCAACGACCGGCUUCGGUGCAAGUUUCGGGCUCGCCGACCAAAACCGUGAAUCCGUAUGCUCCUGCGCAGGCUGUUUCUCAAACCCGGGCUCCGACGCAGCACCUGGAAUUUAUCGCUCCCAAUGAUGGACAGGAGCAUGAUCCCCUGGAGCGAUGGAAGGGUGCUCCGAUCUUCAAAUUCGGGUUCGGUGGAUCCGUGGUAUCUUGCUUCCCUAGGCACAUUCCUCGCUAUUCCGCUGGUCAAGUGGCGCCAAUGAUUCAACCCACUCUUGGUGAACCGAAAAUCUCCCAGCUGGGCGAAUGGCUGCCCUCCGGUGAUAGCAUUGUCCAGCACCCUGGGCCCCUCAAGGCAAAGUCAAAGAAGAAGGAGUUGAUUGCUUGGCUUUCUAGCAAGAUUGCGGCAUUUGAAAAUUCAGACCUUCCAAGCUACGAACAGGUUCAGUCUGAUACGCACAAACGCCAGGAGGAAAAGACUCUCCUCUGGAAGGUUGUCAAGCUUCUGGUAGAGAAUGACGGUAAUCUGGAGAGUUCUCCUGAAAUUCAAAAGUCUCUCCGCCAGAUCAUGUUCCCCAACCUACCCAACCCUGACGCAGAUGGAUCAUACACCAGCAGCUUAACCGCCUCGAGUGGAUUUGCCCCCUCGAAAAUGCCUUCGCAGCCUGAUGCUGUUGAUGCACAGUGGUUGGAGGAACUUCGCCUACACUUGAUCUGUGGUGAUCGCGAGAAGGCCGUUUGGAGCGCUGUCGAUCGACGUCUUUGGGGACAUGCUAUGAUCAUCUCAUCCACCAUGGACAGGUCGAUUUCGAAACAGGUCGCUCAGGAGUUUGUCCGCCGCGAGGUCCGAUCCAAAUCCGCAAACACCGAGUCACUUGCAGCCCUCUACGAGAUAUUCGCUGGCAAUAUUGAAGAAAGCAUCGACGAACUCGUUCCCCCGUCUGCCCGAGCGGGUCUGCAACUUAUUAGCAAGGCCGAUGGCCAGGGGUCUACUAAGAAUGCGCUCGAGGGUUUAGACAAGUGGAGGGAUACUUUGGGACUGGUUUUGAGUAACCGAAGUUCCGAGGAUCACCAGGCCCUGUAUUCCCUUGGUCACCUGCUUACUUCUUAUGGACGAACAGAGGCGGCUCACGUUUGUUACAUCUUCUCGCGUGCUCCCGUUUUCGGUGGCCCCGAUGAUCCAAAAGCCAACAUCGCUCUCCUUGGCGCUGACCACCAGCGUUGCCCUUCUUCCUUGAUGGAUGAAGAUGCUAUCUUGCUGACUGAGGCUUAUGAGUAUGCUACGUCCGUUCUCGCCAACAGCCCAACAGCCCAUCUGCCACAUCUGUUGGCAUUCAAGAUCCUGAAUGCCAGGUGUCUCGUAGACCAGGGUCGCAAUCUAGAGGCGCAAGGAUAUUGCGACGCAGUGGCAACGGCAUUGAAAGCAACCACUCGUCCCUCGCCGUACUAUCACCAACACCUCUUUGCGGAAGUUGAAGAACUGUCUGCACGUUUACGCCAAACAACCAGCGAUAGUGGCUCUUGGAUCUCGAGGCCAAGCAUGGAAAAAGUCUCGGGGUCUAUGUGGGCUCGUUUCAAUAGCUUCGUGGUAGGUGACGAUAGUGAUGCUGCAUCGACUGGAUCCGGCAAGGGUGGCGAGCAUGCAGAAUUUGGUCCUUUUGCAAAUGUGGCUGGCACCCCAACAAUUAGCCGCUCACCUUCUGUAUCUGACAUCUACGGUUCUUAUCCCGGAGCAGCAGCAGGAGCGCAGCCUAUUCCUACCAGCGGCGCGUCCAAGUAUCACCCGUCGAGCCAAUAUGCGCCCAAUGGCUCGCCUGAGCAGUUUAAGGGCCGAUCUUCAAUGGAUUCUCAGAGAUCUGCUUCCUACUUCCCGCCCGUUGGGCAACGUCGAAGCUCACAAGAACUCUCGCCCUCCAUUGAUCAACAGAUGUCCUAUGGGGCUCCAGUGUAUGGGUCACCAAACGUGGGUGGGUAUCAACCAACGCCUCCUCAGUCCUCUUACGUUCCUCUUGCUCCGGUAGAAGAAGCUAUGUCACCCGCUGAAGUUCCUCCAGCUGCACAGCCCAUGGUGAAUGGUCUCUUUUACCAGCCUCCAGGACAGGCCGCCACAUCCAGCGAAUCCCCCUAUUACCAAGGGCCUCCUGGUAUGCCAGCUGGUAUGCCAGCUGGUAUACCAGACUCGGAGUCACCCUACGCACCUCCCGUUGCCAGUUCGUCUUAUGAACCGGUUUCCUACGAGCCGGUUACGGCUGGUGCAGACAUGGGCUAUGUUGCUCAGGAGGAGGAUCUGCAGCCAAAGAAGCAGUCAAUAAUGGAUGACGACGACGAUGAUCUUGCUGCCCGGGCAGCGGCUAUCCAAAAAGCGGAGAAUGAUCGCAAGGCAAAUGAAGCGUUCGCGAAAGCCGCCGAGGAAGAUGCCAAGAAGGAUGCCCAACAAUCUGGCAAGAAGGGCUGGUUUGGUGGUUGGUUCGGCGGAGCUAAGAAAGAGGAAAACAACUCCGGUGGUGGUCCCAUUAGAGCCAAACUUGGCGAAGAAAGCUCCUUUUACUACGACAAGGAUUUGAAGAAAUGGGUCAACAAGAAAGACCCCGGUAGUAGCGCGCCGGUCCAUGCCACCCUCCCCCUCCCCGAGGAUCCGCUCCCCCCAGUCGGACUGCGAGCUCGAGCAGCAUGCCACCAAACGGUGCACCUUCGAUGCCCCCAAUGUCGCCGGCCUCAAUCUUCCUCAAACACUGCCCCGCCUUUCUUGUCCUCUAGCCCAGGCUUCUCUGGUCUCGCGUCUCGGUCCGUUUCUACGGGAGCGGCUAUGCCAACACCGCCCGGUAGUUCCAGCGGCCCGCCGCCGCGGCCUUCUUCGUCCUUGACUCAUGCUAGCUCAAUCGACGACUUGAUCGGUGCGCCUCAGGCGCGCAAGGGCAACACGGUUCGCGGCAAGAAGAAGGGCCGUUACGUUGACGUGAUGGCCCAAUAA